AUGUCUUCCCAAUCGAUACCGCCGAAGGGUUCAGAUCCUUCAUUGGAACCUGAGGAACGCAGUGGUACACAGACCCCCGUGACAUCCUGGAUCGACUACGCCAAGACCUCCCUCCCCUCGCAAGAGACCAUCACCGAUACACUGACUUCCAUCAUGGUCAUCGGGGCAGGCGCCAUGCUGAUCGGUGCAGGCUUGGAGUCAUGUGGCUGGAAGGCAGACGACAACGGCAAGUGGCCCGAGAAUGACCCCGACCCGGUCCUGAAUGGACUAUCAAGCUUUACCAUACCCCUGUGGAUGCUCGGGCGCCGGGCGGGACAGUACGUCGGGAGUGUGCUGGAUCCGGCGAUCGGCUCGGCAUACUCUGCAGCUGAGGCAGGGAUGUCUCAAAACUGUCCAGAGCUGGUUGAGAGGUUACAGGGUGGCUCAGACUGGUUGACGAGAUCGAUCCACUUACACACACCACUCACAAUGGGUAUCUUGGACUUUUCCGCAAGCUUGGACAAUGUUCACGGAUAUCCAGCUUCCCUCCGCAGUCUGGUUGGCCCUAUCAUCUGCUCGUUCGGCUCAGCUGCCAGGAAAAGCAAGAGUCCCGACUCGGACAGCGUCACCCCUUCAUCGCUUGUGUUGGACUUCGACAGCAUCUACCAGCCACCGAGAAAUCGUUCCCCGCGCCUCAUCCCGUCCAUCGAUCAGACCCAGGGAGAGCUAUCGGUAAACCCCGGGGUAGACACCCCUUCAUCGACCUUCCCCAGCAUCGAGCAUCCACUACAGGAUCGUCCCCAGCUCUCCAUCCCUUCCACCGAUCCGAAUCAAACAGUGGCGGCCACGAACCCUGUUCCGGAACUUCCCGAUACCACUACAACCGAAGAGCAGUUCAAGUCCGCCUCACUACCCGCCGACAGAGAUGCUAAUCCCCUGUUCUCCAUCCCCUUCCCCGCACAUACCGAGGUAGACUCGCUCACGAAUCCUGCCCAGAAACUUCCCGAUACCAGCACGCCCGAAGAGCCGUUCGAGUCCGCCUCACCGCAUGCCGACUCCGAUACAGGCUGGUCAAGAUACAUGUGCCUCCCCUCCUUGACCACGGUAUACACCGCUGCUGGCCUGGCCAUGCUCGGCGCGGGUUUCUUUCUCAACGACCGUUACGAGCCUGACUACGCAAAGGAGCCGACUGUGCAGGACGCGAUAGCGACGACGAGUGUACUGGGGUAUAAGGCGGCAGAGUGGACGGUCGGUACGGCGGCCUCUCGUGGCAGCUCCAUCAGACCUGGUCAGGAGGGCGUUCUCCAUUGCAACUUACUUCUUCUAGCUGCUCCUGAUAGCAGUCCGGGAUACCGGACCUGUCCCAAAGUAGUCAGGAUCAGCUGGCUUACGGCCAGGGCGUAUUUUGCAGUCCCAAAGCGUCAGACCAUCGCCCCUGCAUGGCAAAGGAGUGACAUUGCGACGCGCAAGAGGGCCACCCGUGGAGCGCAAGAUGAGAGGAUCCCACUACGACACACCACACGGCACCAGGAGACACCAGUGACUGCGACGCAGCUCCUUGAGACUCUACGAUGUCCUUUGCGCCACGCCCCGCUUGUCUCCGGGCGUCAGUAUAGGUUUGCGCAUUGUGGCUAUCUGCGCACUCAGAUAUCUGUGUCUUUCACCCAUCAACAACGUUCGACAUACCACGCUUCACAACGCCGCCCCCCGAUCACUACUACUCCCAUAUCCCAACGGAUCGAGAUGACUUCCAUAAACCCAACCAACCAGUCCGGAGGCGGCAACAAGCCUUCGGGCGAGACGAGCUAUUGCCCCUCCUUCACCACAGCCGCCUCUUUGGGUGCUGUGGGCUUACUUUUCGCGUAUGGAGGUGCACGGGCCGGUCUCGAUCGAUUCAACUCGUACUUCCCUACGAGUCUAGAUACAAUCACGCCGACCAACCCCUGCCCUAUCGCGAAUGUGGUACGAUGCUUAGCGGAAUCUCUGGGUUUGGGGGAGGAUCUGAAUCGGACGGAGGCUCUGUCCCGAGGAUUGGGCCUUCUUGAGGAUGUCGGAACCCUGCACAGACUCGAGUCGCAUAUGCUAGCAUUCAUCUUAUCGAAGUGUGGUCAGCAGCCCGCUCUGAAUAAGAAGCGGAGGAUCGGUGGGCAUGAGCCUUUGUGUCCCUGUAAGCUUUUCAAGUCAUCUGGUAUACUGCUCACUGCGAAAGUCAUCAUCGACGAACAAGAAACAUGCGGUCUACUGCGGAUCGCCACCGCCACCGUGCUGCCCAAAAGGUCACCCGGCGGGGGAGAACAACCGAGGAUCGUACCUACUCAUAGAUACCAGAAAGGAGUUCCUCCUAGCUCUGAUCUAGCACACCCCAUCCCCAAGCACGCCAUAGCAUGCACCGCCUCGAAGACACCAGAUCUGUCUUACUCGCUAGAUUGUAAGGGGUGA